UUUGGCUAAGCUGAUAGUGUUCUGGGCAUCUCUUCUGCUGUAACGCAAGUGAAGACGAGGGAAGGAACAAGGAAAAUAAUUGCCCAUUUUUACCCAUUUUAUUUUUACACAUAAUCGUUACUAUCACCAGCAGACGCAUCCCUACUGUCAUCAACCGAGUGCUUGUCAUUUCUGUUUUAUUGUCAGUUUGAAAAACGACGUGAAUGUGUUCCCUGGCCGUUGUUUUUGCGGUGCUCGCCGCGUUUCACUGCAGUGUGCCUGUUUCAGCGGAAUCCAACCUUCGUUCGAAUUACAGACCAAUAAUCGGGGUUUUGGCCCAGGAGAAUAUUUUGGGAGACCCACACGCACAAGGAUCCUCCUAUAUUGCCGCCUCAUAUGUGAAGUACCUGGAAUCAGCUGGGGCCAGGGUUGUGCCAAUCAGAAUAAACCGCACAAAUGAGGAGUAUGUCAAGCUCUUCAACUCCAUAAACGGGCUGCUGCUUCCAGGGGGUGAUGUUGAUCUACAGAAAUCACAGUACAGCAGAUUGUCCAAGAUAUUCUAUGAUCUGGCAAUAAAGGCCAAUGAUGCAGCAGAUUAUUUCCCAAUAUGGGGCACCUGCCAGGGAUUCCAGCAGUUGACGGUUCUUACCAGCAGCAAAAACCUUCUCACCCUGACAGACACCAAGGCUGUGGCUCUUCCCCUCACCUUCACACCAGCUGUGCAGAACAGUCGCAUGUUCAGGAGUUUCCCAAAGGACCUGCUGCAGUCCCUGGCUGAGGAAAAUAUCACAUCCAACUUCCACAGCUGGAGCAUCACCCUGCAGAAUUUCACCCGAAAUGUGAAGCUAAAAAGAUUUUACAAGGUUCUUUCUACCAACACAGAUGGGAAAAAAGAAUUUAUUUCCACUAUGGAAGCUUAUCGCUACCCCUUCUAUGCUGUUCAGUGGCACCCAGAGAAGAGUCCCUUUGAGUGGAUAGACAAGCCAGGAAUGGUACACACUCCUUCUUCCAUCAGAGCUUCCUUCUACACUGCCAGCUUCUUUGUCUCUGAGGCCAUGAAAAACCAACACCGCUUCCCCAGCCCCAGUGAAGAGGAGAAAGCCCUUAUCUACAACUAUUCGCCAGUUUUCAAAGGUCUUGGCAGUAUAUUUAUGCAGAAUUAUUACUUCAAUUGAAUCUGUAAGGCAUUAAAUGUUAAA